GUUUGUUUACUUUUUUUUAGAGCGGAUUUUUCAAAACAAUAACAAACUUGGUGAAAAUGCGUCGCAGUUUGGCUCCUAGCCAAAAUAACUCCAAUAAACUAAAACCUAGUCUAAAUUUUACUACACCCUUUCAAAAUAAACGUAAACGUACUUGUGUCCAGGAAAAUGUUCAAAUACAAAGAUUUCCGCCAUUAUCACAAACUACACCACUAAUCUCCCUGCCACAGAGUGAUUAUGAACUGGCUAUAACCAGGAUUUUAGCAAAACCUUUUAAAGUACCCAUUGCCAAUUAUGUGCCAGACUACAAUAGUGGCAAUCGAUGUUUGGGUUUACGCAGAUCUACCAUUAGAAAGGCUCUACACGAUCCCUAUGCCUGUAAUGCUUUAGUAUUGUAUAGCCCACCUAACUAUAGUGAACAUGAACGUUUGUCAAUGGAUCCUAAUAAAAUAUUGGUACACGUUGUGGUGGAUCCUAUUUUAAGUAAUAUUUUGCGUCCCCAUCAAAGAGAGGGAGUACGUUUUAUGUACGAAUGUGUGGAAGGUAAAAAGGGUGAUUUCAAUGGUUGCAUUAUGGCGGAUGAAAUGGGUUUGGGCAAAACUCUACAAUGUGUCACUUUAGCCUGGACUUUGCUAAGGCAAGGUCCCGAUUGUAAACCCACUAUUUCAAAAGUUAUUAUAGUGUGUCCCUCAUCUUUGGUGAAAAAUUGGGAAAAGGAAUUUCACAAAUGGCUGCAGGGCCGUAUGCAUUGUUUAGCCAUGGAAGGUGGCUCUAAAGAGGAUACCAUUAAAAGCUUAGAACAGUUUGCCUAUAAUACAAGUCAACGUUGUGGUACUCCGGUGCUGAUAAUAUCCUAUGAAACGUUUCGUAUUUAUGCAGAGAUUUUGUGUCGCAAUGAAAUCGGCAUGGUUAUAUGUGAUGAAGGUCACCGCCUUAAAAACAGUGAUAAUCUUACCUAUCAGGCUUUAAUGGGUUUGAAAACUAAGCGUCGUGUUUUACUAUCGGGCACACCCAUACAAAAUGAUCUUACCGAGUAUUUCAGUUUAGUGAACUUUGUUAAUCCUAAUAUGUUGGGCACAGCCUCGGAGUUUAAACGCUGUUAUGAAAAUGCCAUUUUACGGGGACAAAAUGCCGAUUCUAGUGAUAAGGAACGGCAAAGAGCUGUGGAAAAGACUCAGGAGCUAAUAGCCAUAGUAAAUCAAUGUAUUAUUAGAAGAACAAAUCAAAUAUUGACCAAAUAUUUGCCCGUUAAAUUUGAAAUGGUGAUUUGUGCCAAAAUGACCGCCAUACAAUUGCAGUUAUAUAGGAAUUUCUUAAAAUCUGAUAAGAUAAGGAAGAGUUUGCAAGAUUGCCAGGAAAAAUCGUCCACCUUAACAGCUUUGGCUGAUAUAACAACUUUAAAGAAACUAUGCAGUCAUCCGGAUUUAAUCUAUGACAAAAUUAUAGCCAGAGAAAAUGGUUUUGAAAAUUCACAAAACGUUCUGCCGGCCAAUUAUAAAACCAAAGAAUUCAAUCCAGAAUUUAGUGGCAAAUUUAUGUUAUUGGAUUUUAUGUUGGCCACCAUUAGGGCCAAUACCGAUGAUAAAGUAGUUUUAAUAUCAAAUUAUACCCAAACUUUAGAUUUAUUUGAGCAGUUGGCCAGGAAAAGAAAAUAUCCCUUUGUCCGUUUGGAUGGUUCGAUGACCAUUAAAAAGCGCAGCAAAGUUGUAGAUCAAUUUAAUGAUCCCGAUGUUGAUUGUUUUCUUUUUAUGCUGAGUUCUAAGGCUGGUGGCUGUGGUUUGAAUUUGAUUGGUGCCAAUCGUCUGUUUAUGUUUGAUCCCGAUUGGAAUCCGGCCAAUGAUGAACAGGCGAUGGCUCGUAUUUGGAGAGAUGGCCAGAAGAAAGCCUGUUUUAUAUAUCGUUUGGUGGCGACCGGUUCCAUUGAAGAGAAAAUCCUACAACGUCAAACGCAAAAAUCUUUAUCCAGUACGAUCAUCGAUAACAACGAAAGUGAGGAAAAACAUUUCACUCGUGACGAUUUAAAAGAUCUGUUCAGUUAUGAGGCCGACAUUUUAUCAGAUACCCAUAAUAAAUUAAAAUGCAAACGCUGUGUUAAUAACAUACAAACCCAACCACCGCCCGAUGACACCGAUUGUACUUCGCAUUUAUCACAGUGGUAUCAUUGUUCCAAUAAUAAAGGUCUACCGGAUAGUACUUUAUCACAAGCUUGGCAAACUAGUAAAUGUAUAUCGUUUGUAUUUCAUCAUCGUUCUCAGGCAGAGGUGAAAAGAAAAUUAGACUCACAAGAAAGUGAAAAGGGUGAAGAAGUUCCAGGAGUUAAAGUACAGAAUAAAGCUAAAGAUUUAUCAUCAGAUGAAUCCGAAGAAUCAGAGGAAGAAGAUUAUAUAGAUGAUAGUAAGGAUAGUGAUUUUGAAUAGUUCUUAUUUUUAGCUUUAGAUUUGUACUGAAAUAAAUUAUUAAUUUGUUAUAAAAAUGAAAUAAAAUUUAUUUGAUGUUC